CUUUGUAAUAGUCAGCUGUGCGGUAAAUUGGCAUCUUUGUCAUCUAAGCUAAAAAAAAAUAAAUAACCGAAAUGGGGGAACAUAAGGAUGACCUCCGGAAAAUAAUUACUACUCUAGCACUGAAGAAUGAGGAGAUUCAGAACUUUAUUUACAGUCUAAAACAGAUGAUUGAGAAUGUGGAGGAAAACUCUAAUCGUGUUCAAGGGGAACUCGAAGGUGAGUUUCAGUCUCUGUACAGUCUGCUGGAUGAGCUGAAGGAGGGUAUGCUAAUGAAGAUCAAACAAGACCGUGCUAGUCGGAUAUAUGAAUUACAGAAUCAACUGACUGCCUGCACCAAAGCAUUGGAGAGCUCUGAAGAACUUUUGGAGACUGCCAACCACACACUUUCAGCAUCUGAGACAGAUGGCUUUUCACAGGCCGCCAAGCAGAUAAAGGAUAGUGUGACAAUGGCACCUGCAUUCCGCUUGUCUCUUAAGGCCAAAGUGACAGACAACAUGAGUCACCUAAUGGUGGAUUUCACCCAGGAGAGACGCCUGUUGCAGAACCUGCACUUUCUGCCUGUCCCCAGUACACCAGAAAUAAUAGCCUCAGAGUGCUUUGUGGCUAAUAAUAGUGUAUCUCUCGUAUGGAGUAUGCCAGACGGUGAGGACAGUGGAAUCCAGCACUAUAUACUUGAGCACCGAAAAACCAACUUUCCUGGGCCACCUCGUACUAAGGAAGAACAGCCAUGGAUGGUAGUUGAGGGAAUACAGGACACUGAGUACACACUGACCAGUCAGCGAUUUGAUAUGAAGUACAUGAACUUCCGUGUCAAAGCCUGUAAUAAAGCAGUUAGUGGAGAUUUCUCAGAGCCUGUCACACUGGAGACACCAGCUUUUUCCUUCCGGCUGGAUGCUGGGAGCUCUCACCAGAACUUGCGAGUAGAAGAAAGUAAUGUGGAAUGGGAUGCUACAGGCGGCAAAGUACAGGAUAUAAAAAACAGAGAGAAGGAUGGAAGGGGCAGAGGAGCUUCACCCUGCAAUUCCCCUGCAAGGUGUGUUCAGUCACCGAAGAGAAUGCCUUCAGCACGAGUUGGAAGGGACAGGUUCACUGCAGAGUCCUAUACUGUACUUGGAGAUACUCCAAUUGAUGGAGGAGACUGCUAUUGGGAGGUGCGCUUUGAUAAGGACAGCAAGGCCUUUGCAGUUGGGGUGACUUACCGUAGUCUGGGCAAGUUCGACCAGUUAGGGAAGACUUCGGUGUCUUGGUGUCUCCAUCUCAACAACUGGCUGCAAGUGACUUUUGCAGCCAAACAUGGAAACAAGGCCAGAAUUUUGGAUGUUGCUGUACCAAAUAGGAUCGGGGUACAUUGCAGUUAUGAGGAAGGUUUCCUGUCUUUCUACAAUGCAACCAACAAGCAACUUCUGCAUACAUUCAGAAUGAAAUUUACACAACCAGUUUUGCCUGCAUUUAUGGUAUGGUGUGGAAGUUUCUCAGUGUAUACUGGACUCCAGGUUCCUAGCUGUGUGAAAAGUCUCCAGAAAAGGAAUAGUGCCACCAGCAGCUCAAGCACCAGCCUCACUUGAUUUCAUCUGAUCUACCCACCUCCUUCAUUUCCCCACCUAGAUCUCUCCUUUUCUCUCCCUUUACAAUGCAUUAAAGCUUAAAGUCCACCCAGUAUUUUAGGGGACCUAUUAAAAAAAACUUGAACAUAAUUUAGGGUUCUACAACAAAUAUUCCAUGAUAUCCUCUGCACCUGUAAGAGAUGGAUGGACAGUAUGCUAAGUGUGGCAUUCUGCUGAUUAUGCCUUAAAUAAAUAUAAGUUACAUGUAG